AUGGCGAUUUCGCCUUUUCACUUUUCUUUUCGGGCGACCUCCAUGCCAUGGUUUCCUGAACAUACCACAAGAGACAUAUAUCUCUCCCUCUUGCAACAAGACUCGCCGGCUGCCACCGAACUUCAACUCAAAGCCGCUUUGUUACGUCGUGCGAUGACCGACGUUGAAAGGGUUUUAAAAUUACGGGAAGAUAGGCCUGCUCUUCUCACAUUGGUGCAAAAGGGUGCUGUAGGCGAUGAUCUAUGGUCUUCAUUUUUGGAAGCCGAACAAGAGAUUCAAAAUGACAUCAUGGAGGUUACGGCUGAAGCAGACACUUUUAAAGAGAAUUGGGGUCAGACGAUAUUUAGUACUGCUAAUGAGAUGGUACAACAUGAAAAACAUAAGAAAAUUAACGAUCAAAUGAAGGAAUUGAGAGAAAGAGAAGAAAAAGAGUUUAAAAGAAGGGAGGAAAGGGAAAGGAAAGGAAAAGGCUAG